AUGACCUACAGAGAAUUAGUUCCAACUGUUGAAGAGCAUAAUGCUGGACAUGUAAUUGGAUUCAUAAUUGGUAAUCUUUAUUAUGAUCAAAGGGUUAUUAUAUAUGUUUGCUUUUGUAUACUACAUUUAUAAGAAGUAUUUGUCAAAUUUGUUUGAAGACUUUAUGAGUUUGUUAGAUGUAAGUAAAUAUCAAAAUAGUUAAAAUUAUAGGAUAAAGAAUAUGAAGAAACUUAUAGACCUAUACUUUAUAGUUUACUAAACUCAAUGCAAUAUUUGAUUUUAUGUUUUUAUUCAACAUUUAGCAGUAAAUCAGAUUUGGGAGUUUCAGUAAUUAUUGGAUCAGAUGCCUUUAGUAUAUUAUUCAUUUUUGGUUUGAUUCUUAUUAAAUUUCCAAAUUCACAUCAUGGAGUCUUAGACACAUGGACGACUUUAAGAGAUUGCGUUAUUUAUAUAGUUGGAUUGCUUGUGAUGUUGUUGUGUCUUUAUUAUGAAUGGGCUAAGAUAGGAACAGCAUUAGUGCUACUAGUUUACUACAUAUUAGAUUUAAUUGUUUUAGCAGGGAAUUAUGAAAUAAAAGAAAAAAUAAUGGAAUGGUUGACCCUUAAUAAUGAAGAUAAUGAAUUCAAUUCAGAUUAACAUAUGGAAUAUAAAAAAAGAAGAUAUUCAGUAACAUAAUUGAGAGAUGCAGGAAUGGUUGAUCUAAAAGAUUAAAGUUUAUAAAAAAAAAUCAACACAUUUGAAGCAAUUUUGGUAAUAAAAUAUGGAUAACAAAAUCCUUAAAAGAAAAGAAUUAGAUAAAGGUUUGGAUCUAUUGUAUAUGCCAUAAUUUUUUCAAUCAGAAAUUCAAUCAAAUCUGAAAUUCAAAAACGAUCAGAGUUUUAUUAAAAUCUUUACAAACCUAAAUAAAGAUAAAGAUAAUAACAAAAUGAUGAAUAACCUUAAAGUGCAAUUAAAUAAAGAAAUGAUUAGUAAGAUAAUGAUUAAGAUGAUAAUCCUUUAAUAGAUUCUAAUCCUAUGGAAUCUGUACAUUAAGCAAAUAAUUAAGAUUAAUAAAAUUCAUAACAUUAAAAUCCUGAUGAUCAAAUGAAUUAAGAAUAAUCAAAACUUGAAAUGCCUAAAGAAUCUUUAGAAAAAGUAUUAUUUAUAAUUUUCUUCCCUAUUCAUCUGAUAUUAUACUUAUUACCAAGCUAUAAUGAAAAUGUUGUACCAAAAAAAUUAGUAUUGUGCUUUUUUUUGAACUUAGUUUUGCUUUGUGGAUGUUAUUAUUUAAUCGAUUGGUGGGCAUUUGAAUUAGCUUUAGCCACAGGAAUUCCUUUGUAAUUAAUAGGAAUGAUCUUUUUGGGCUUUUUUACAUAAAUUUAAUUUGCUAAUUAUAACUUAGAAGUUGCCAAAAUUGAAACUAAGCUAGAAUUCACUUAAGCAUUCUUCUAAACUGCAAUAUGCAAAAUAUCCCUAUGCACAGGAUUACCUUGGGUUUUAAGAAUAAUAAUUGAUCUAGACAUUGAAUAUGAAAUGGAUUAUAAUGAUUUUCAAAGAGCCUUUUGCAUUUCAAUCGCAGUUCUCUGUGUAAUAGUGUUUAUGUUACUCUUGCUUGCAUUAGCUAAAGGAUUUACUUUGAAAUAAUAAGAUGGAGUAAAGAUAAUAGUUCUUUAUGGUUUAUUUAUUUUAAUAUCUGCUAUUAUUAUUGGAUUGAACAUUUUAAAGUGA